UGAUGUUCCUCAAGAGAAUUUUGGGUUUCUUUGGGUCCAUCCUGGGGUUUUUGGGUGCACGUCGGGGUCGGUGACGGUGCCGAUGGUGGCGGUGAGGAUGAUGCCGGUGAGGAUGAUGCCGGUGAGGAUGAUGAAGGUGAGGAUGAUGACGGUGAGGACGAUGACGGUGACUGACCGGUGCCCCCCUCCCGUUGCAGGUCACCUGCGGGAAGCCCCCUCCCCCCUCAUGCUGCCUUCCCCACAGAUGCCGUUCCAGGGCCUGGUGCCUCAGUCGCCCCCUCAGCAAAACAUCCAGCCAAAAAAACAGGAGCUGCGGGCGGCGUCGGUGUCAGGAUUUGGGUUAGGAUUUGGGGUUUUUGGACCAUCCUAACCCCCAUUUCCCCGCAGGAGCUGCAGGCAGUGUCAGUAUCAGAAUUUGGGUCAGAAUUUGGGAU